CCCGUGCUCUCAGUGUCAAGCAGACGACGCGUCCGUCGACGAGUGCGUUGCCUACCACGCGAGUUUCGAGAGGAGAGACCUUCUCCUUCGAUCACGGCCCCGGUCGACCGAUCGACAUCACCGUGCGCCACCGAGACGCAAGUUCCCAUGGUCCCGACAUCGGCGAUCGUCGGCGAAAGUUAAGCCGGACGGUGUCGUUUCUCGUCUUCUCCCUUCGUCAGUCGACCGCCGUCCGUUCGGUGUCACGUGCCGGUCAGCGUUUCGCGGAAACACGCGAUACGCGACUCGGGUAGAGGCGGUGGUACUGAACGGUCGACACGAUCCCGUCGUCGCCGUCGAGGAGGCUCGACCCUCGAGGUACGAGGGCAUUGCCCGGCAAGAGGGUAGGCGACAGGCCUUCUGGCCUCAUCUCGAGGAUGCCGUCGCCCCCUCGUCGUCGACGACGACGUGGAUGUACGCGCUUCUCGAAGAGGAUGGUCUACUGCCGAACACCAGCAGCAGCGGCGUCAUCGAGAAUGAUGACGCGGUGGUCGCCCCAGGCGAUGGCGCCUGCGUGAACGAUCGGAUGCUUCAUUAUCAUCAGCACCAGCAUCAGCAGCAUCCCCAUCAGCAGCAGCAGCAGCAACGGCAGCAGCAGCAGCAACAGCAGCAGCAUUCAUCGACGGAGCCAGAACUGGAUGAUCUCCUGCGAUUCCCAAGUUCCGGAGCCGCGACCGGACAGGGACAAGAAAUGGUGGCGCAGGAAAUGGCGCAGGGUUACACCCAGCUCCUGCACUCGACGGUGGUGGUGCCGGCCCAGGAACCACCGCAGGAAUACAUCACGAUAGAGGAGCUACAGCCGCGCCUCCACCAUCAGGAGCAUCAUCGCAUUGUGCACGACACCUGCACGCAAUUGGCCACGUCCGUCUCGCAGCUCUAUCACCAGCAUCAUCAGCAUCAUCAACAACAGCAACAGAGUGGUGGCCAGCAACAGCAACAACAACGGGAUUACUAUAAUCUCUCGUCCGUGCAAAGUUCGUGCCCCACGGUUUAUUUCGGCGAGAUAGGCACGGGUUCCGGGGUGGGAGAGCUAACCACCGCCUCGGCGGGGGGUGGUGGCGAAGGUCUCGCCCCGACUCCAACCCCCGCCAGCAGCGGCAGCACCGCUAGUACCACCACCACCCCCAACAAUCCAAGCACGACCACUACAACUGCCACCACCACCACCACCUCCACCAGCAGCACCGCCACCAUCCCGCAGAUUGCAACGGGGGCUGAACCGCCCCAGCACAUGGAGACACCCCCGACGAUGGUCCCCGACCAGCAGGCACCCGCCUCCGGCCAUCAUUAUUACCAUCAUCACCAUCAUCAUCAUCAUCAUCACCGGCAUCAUCGUAGUACGUCCACCACACCUAGCCAUGGACCGGCAACAGACACCUUGGACGAAUUUGCGCCGGUUUCCAGGAAGCGGAAGCUUUCUUGCCACGUUGGCAGCGAUCUCUUGGACGAUCUGGGAGACGACGCCAAAUCAGUUCGCACAAAUGACGACAGUAAAAAACAGAACCACAGUGAAAUUGAAAAGCGCAGGAGGGAUAAGAUGAAUACAUACAUUACCGAGCUCUCGGCGAUGGUACCGAUGUGUCACGCAAUGUCACGAAAAUUGGACAAGCUGACCGUGCUGCGAAUGGCGGUGCAGCAUCUCAAGACUAUUCUCGGUGCGGUUACUUCGUACACGGAAGGUCACUAUAAGCCUGCGUUCCUUAGCGAUCAGGAACUUAAGACGCUUAUACUUCAACUUGUUUUGUUCCAGGCCGCAGAGGGCUUCGUUUUCGUAGUGGGUUGCGAUCGUGGAAGAAUCCUUUACGUAUCCGAAUCCGUCUCGCAGACCCUCAAUUAUUCUCAGGGUGACUUGUUGGGUCAGAGUUGGUUCGACAUUCUGCACCCCAAGGAUGUCGCCAAGGUGAAGGAACAGCUCUCGUCCUCCGAUCUCAGCCCGAGGGAACGAUUGAUCGACGCGAAGACCAUGUUACCGGUGAAGACAGACGUGCCUCAAGGCGUAUCACGACUUUGUCCCGGCGCACGGAGAUCCUUUUUCUGUCGGAUGAAGCGCAAAGUCGACCGGGUUCGUUGCGGCGAUAUGCAGGUGAAAGAAGAAGCCGACACCACCAUUGGCUGUCACAGACGAAAAAAACAACAAAACAUAGAUUGGAAGUAUUGCGUGAUUCAGUGCACGGGUUAUCUGAAGUCCUGGACGCCCGCGAAGAUCGGCCUCGAGGAGCAGGAGGGCGAGGCCGACGGUGAGGCUUGCAACUUGUCCUGCUUGGUCGCGGUCGGCCGGGUCCAAACGGCGAUUUCGACGGCCGCGAUGUCGUCGAGGAAGCCCCAUUUGCGGCCCGUACAGUUCGUUUCGCGACAUGCGAUGGAUGGCAAAUUUCUGUUCGUGGACCAAAGAGCUACUCCAGUAUUGGGCUUUCUACCUCAGGAACUGCUGGGCACCAGUAUGUACGAAUAUUAUCAUCACGAUGAUAUCCCUCAUCUAGCGGAGUCUCAUAAAGCCGCAUUACAGACUUCCGAACGCGUUACCACACAGAUCUAUAGGUUUAGAAGCAAGGGCGCGAACUUCGUGCGGUUGCAGUCCGAGUGGAAGUCUUUCAGAAAUCCGUGGACCAAAGACAUCGAAUACCUAAUCGCCAAAAACUCCGCUAUCUUGUAA